CGAAGUGGUACUUUUUAGCGAAAUCCUGGUUCACCUUUUUCUGUUGUGUCUUGGUACGCUGUGUUUUUAACUCCGGUUUGCUUUGUCCAGAAAUCGUCUGAAAGUGUCAUCCUAAGAAGUAUUUAAAUGUGAUGAAUGUAUGGAGAGCUACACAGUUUGUUAAAUAGAAUUCCCCGCAGUGGUUCAAGUACCAGACAGAGCUGUACAAUUCACGAACAAAUAUCUCAUCCCUUUCUUCGAAGUUGACCUUAUUUCACAUCAUCCAGUCGGAGCGUAAUUUCUCUAGCUUGGUGAUGGGUGUUUUGAUGCGAUCUCCCCGGUCAAGGGCCGUAGUGGUCAUGCUGCCAGUCGCCUUUUGGUGGGUGGUUUUCUUGAGUUCAACCGGGGCCGUCUCGGCGAGGAAUAUCGGGCACGCCAGGCAGCGUCGAGAUGAUGGCGGCUUGGCUGGCGGUUCAAGCAAUGUUCGAUUGCGAGACGGCCCGUCAAUCUACGAAGGCCGUGUUGAAGUGUUGGCCAACGGCCAGUGGGGCACCGUCUGCGACGACACAUGGGACCUGAACGAGGCGGCCGUAGUCUGCGGUGAACUGGGGUACGGUAGGGCCAUGACGGCCCCCACGAACGCCUACUACGGAUCAGGCUACGGGCCGAUACAGCUCGACGACCUCGGGUGCAGUGGGACGGAGAGUUCCCUCUUCCAAUGUCCGCACGCUGGGGUUCAGCAGCAUAACUGCGGACAUUCGGAGGAUGCUGGUGUUAAAUGUGCACAACCUUCAAUUUCAACAUCUGACGGGAAAUCUGACAACGUGAGACUUGUUGCUGGUCCCAACACGUACUCCGGCCGUGUGGAGGUGCUAAUAGACGGCGUGUGGGGCACGGUGUGUGAUGACAUGUGGGAUAUCAAGGACGCAGAGGUAGUGUGCCGUUCCGUGGGGUUCCCCGGGGCAAGCUCUGCUCUGGUCCGGUACGGUGCCGGGUCUGGUCCGGUCCUGCUUGAUGACUUGUCAUGUAACGGGCAAGAGGCCUCGCUGAUGGAGUGCCCACAUAAUGGGGUCGGGCAACACAACUGUGGACAUUAUGAGGAUGUAGGUGUCGUGUGUUUGACACAAGCAGAUACAGCGGUACAGGUGCGCCUUCAAGGAGGGAACACAGGAAAUGAAGGCCGUGUGGAGCUCAAUAUCGACGGCGGGACCUGGGGUACGGUGUGUGACGACUACUGGGGUAUGCACGAGGCACAGGUCGCCUGCCGAAUGCUGGGCUUCCCCGGUGCUAUUGCGGCAACUUCGGGAGCGCACUUUGGCCAAGGGAGCGGGGAUAUCUACCUGGACGACGUACACUGUGACGGGACUGAACAAUCGCUGCUGAAGUGCGACUACGUGGAUCGGUACAGUCAUAACUGCGGCCAUGCGGAGGACGCUGGGGUGGUGUGCGAGCGCCAUGUACGACUCGUUGGUGGUGACCGGCCGAACAUGGGUCGCGUGGAGCUUUACCACGAGGGCGUCUGGGGCACGGUGUGUGACGACCAGUGGGACAAAGACGACGCCGACGUGGUGUGCCGACAACUCGGCUACUACGGUGCUACGGCUGCCGUCCGGAGCGCCCGGUUCGGGUCCGGUUCCGGGGAGAUCCUGUUGGACGACAUCGGAUGUGAAGGAUGGGAGCAGAACUUGUUUGAGUGCCAGCAGGCUGGUCUGGGGAAUCACAACUGCAACCACGGGGAGGAUGCGGGAGUCAUCUGUGAUGUUAACGUUCGACUUGUUGACGGUAACCUUCCCAGCGAAGGCAGGGUGGAGGUGUAUUACGACGGCGAGUGGGGCACGGUGUGCGACGACGGCUGGUCCCUCCAGGACGCGAUGGUCGUCUGCCGUCAGCUGGGUCUAGGAGACGCUCAAGAGGCCACACAGAAUGCCCGCUUCGGCCCCGGCACGAUGGGUAUAUUCCUGGACGACGUAGGGUGCAUCGGAACGGAGGACACUCUUAUGAAUUGCACCCAUUUGCCGGUCGGAACGCAUAACUGUAUGCACAUUGAGGAUGCUGGCGUCAUAUGCGAGGCACAAGCAUCUAUCAGGCUAAGUGGUGGCAACAACAACAGAGAAGGCCGUGUAGAGGUGUUCUACAACGGCGUAUGGGGGACGGUGUGCGACGACGGUUGGGAUAUCAACGAUGCCACGGUCGCCUGUCGACAGCUCGGGUUCACGGGGGCCCAGUCAGCCCCUACCCAGGCCCACUUCGGUCCUGGGUUGGACCCGGUGUACCUCUCUAGCUUGGGGUGCACCGGGAGUGAGACUUCACUGAUGGGGUGUGAUCAUGCCGGUAUUGGGCAGCACAGCUGUGGUCACAAUGAGGACGCCGGUGUGGUUUGCAAUUCUCCAGUUGAGUUACGCCUAGUCGACGGGGCGACACGCAACGAGGGACGUCUUGAAAUCUACCUGAAUAAAGAGUGGGGCACAGUGUGCGAUGAUAGCUGGGACCUCCAGGACGCCAAAGUGGCGUGCCUUCAGCUUGGCUACGCCGAUGCCAUAGCGGCAACAGACGGCGGGACCUUCGGCAGCGGGGCCGGUCCGAUACAUCUGGACGACGUGGAGUGUGUGGGGCAUGAACGCAGCCUGAGCAUGUGCGAGAGCAACAGGAAUAAUAACUGUGGUCAUAGCGAGGAUGCUGGGGUUGUCUGCCUUCCCUUAGUUCGUCUGAUGGGAGGUUCUACCUUCAACGAGGGCCGUGUCGAAUUCUUCUCCGACGGCGCCUGGGGCACGGUAUGUGACGACGGCUGGGACGUGGACGACGCUGGUGUCAUCUGCCGGGAGCUGGGCUUCGAGGGGACGGCACAGGCUUUUGGCCAGGCGACCUUCGGUCAGGGAGACGGUCUGGAGAUACUCCUUGAUGAUGUGGCGUGUGAAGGGGAGGAGGAGACAGUAUUGCAGUGUCGGCACAGCGGGCUGGGGGCUCAUAACUGCGGGCACCAAGAGGAUGCUGGGGUCCGCUGCGGAGUUGCCGUUCGAUUGGUUGGAGGUGCCAUGCCGAACGAAGGACGGGUGGAGAUCUUCGCCAACGGUUACUGGGGAACGGUCUGCGACGACAGCUGGGACCUAGUCGACGCUAGCGUGGCGUGCCGUCAGCUCGGCUUCAGCGAGGCACUGGAGGCUACAACCGGGGCUCGCUUCGGCCGAGGGAGUGGAGAGAUACUCCUGGAUGAUGUUGCGUGUACUGGGAGCGAUACACUGCUCGUGGGGUGCACACAUAGUGGGAUUGGGAUGCAUAAUUGCAACCAUGGCGAGGAUGCUGGUGUUGUGUGUAAUGGUGUCACUGAUAAUAUCCGGCUUGUGGGGGGAACGUUGCCGAACGAGGGUCGAGUCGAGAUCUUCCACAACGGCCGCUGGGGCACGGUGUGUGAUGACAGCUGGGACACCAGUGACGCCCAGGUAGCCUGCCGUCAACUCGGCUAUACCAGCGGGGCUGAGCGUGUCUAUAGCUUCGGUGCCGGGACGGGAGACAUAUGGCUGGACAACAUGGCGUGUAGUGGGGACGAGGCCACAUUGAUGUCGUGCUCGCAUCCUGCGAUCGGAGUCCACGACUGUGGACACAGUGAGGACGCAGGAGUUGUGUGCCUGGAUAGAGGGCUUGUCCGCUUGGUGGAUGGCGAGUCGUUCAAUGAGGGUAGAGUUGAGAUCAUGCAUAACGGAGAAUGGGGAACAAUUUGUGAUGACGAGUGGGAUAUGGCAGACGCAAUGGUCGUGUGUCAUCAACUGGGUUUUUUCGAGGCUUCGGCAGCCGUCUCGCAAGCUGGGUACGGUCAAGGCAGCGGACCAGUCCUCCUCGACAACUUACAGUGCCGUGGGGACGAGUUUGACAUUACGCUGUGCACCCACAACGGUAUGGGAACCCAUAACUGUGACCAUACAGAAGACGCUGGCGUUUCAUGCAGAGUUGCCGUUCGUCUUGCUGGAGGGAACACACCCAGUGAGGGGCGUGUCGAGGUCUUCAACAUGGGUGAGUGGGGUACAGUAUGUGACGAUAGCUGGGAUCUGCAGGACGCCAACGUGGUGUGUAGGCAGCUAGACUUCCAGAGUGCAUCGGAAGCGUGGAGCAGCGCUCACUUCGGUGCCGGGACGGGGCCCAUUCUCUUCGAUGACUUGCGAUGCGACGGGUCGGAGAACGCUCUGUCUGAAUGUCUGCACUCCGGGUUUGGGGUUCACAACUGCGGGCAUGGAGAGGACGCUGGGGUGACGUGUAGUAUGAGUGGUAUUCGACUCGUCGAUGGGUCAUCUUCCCUAGAAGGGCGUGUGGAGGUUCUAAACGACGGUGCAUGGGGCACGGUAUGCGACGAUGGAUGGGACAUUAACGAUGCCCAGGUGGUCUGUCGCCAGCUCGGUUUCUCUGCCGCCAUGAGUGCGCCCACUAACAGCCGUUUCGGUGCUGGCACGGGCUCAAUUUGGCUUGACGACGUCGACUGUACUGGACAGGAGUCUGUGCUGACGAGCUGUCGCCAUAGUGGAGUUGGGACCCACAACUGUGGCCACCAAGAGGACGCUGGUGUGGUGUGUUCAGAUGGGACUUCGGUGAUUCGUCUUGUCGGUGGUCAGCACACGUACGAGGGGAGAGUGGAGGUCUUCUACGACGGACAGUGGGGCACCGUUUGUGACGACUACUGGGAUGCUAACGACGCCACCGUGGCCUGCCGUCAGUUGGGUUACGCAGACGGCACAGUUCUACAGAGCUCAUCGUACACUACUGGGACGGGGCAGAUCUGGCUUGAUGACGUGCAGUGUGAUGGGACCGAAGACUCAGUCUGGUCAUGCUCUCAUCUCACCGUCGGUGUGCACAACUGCGCCCAUUCCGAGGAUGCUGGAGUCCGUUGCCAGACGCUUAGUCGUUCUAUCAUUUACUAAUAUUCAUUAUGUGUCAUUGACUCAUUGCGGUAGUUUAAUAUGUUACUUUUUAUGUGUAUUCGUUUGUUUGUCAUUAUAGUUGUUUAUGGCCUGUGCCCUGUCUAUUUUGUCUGCUCAAAGGUUAGGGUACAGAGAGCAGUGCUUCGCCCAAACCUAUGUUGUCAUUCUGUAUCUUAACUCUACCUUUACGACACAUAAUUUUCUAAUAUGAGUCUGUUUUGUUAUGACAAAUAAUGUAAUGGUGUUAAAUGAUAUUCUUGUUGUACUCAAAUGACAACAUUGAAAUAAACGUACAAUGAAGUUAGACACCCCUAUACAGUAUAAGUGUUACAAUAAUUGUUUAUUCGUUUAACAAAUCACAUCAUAUGCAACUCACAAA